GUGACUUGCGAUGAACACGCUGACAGCGACCGCAACGGCGACGGUGCUGCUCGGCAAGUUCGGUCACUUUGCGAGCCGCCCGGACGUCGUUGUGGACAAGACCAAUCCGUUCAUAGGGUACUUCCACAAAGCGCUCGUCCCUCGACCGCCUCCGCGUCGUUUGGUGCGGGUGCCGAGCCUUGACUAUGCCAACCAAUUCUUGACGUACGCACCGUUCGCGCCGCCUCGUCCUGUGGCUUUGUCGCAUGCGCUUGGGCACUUUACUCCACCCUUGUCGUCAAAUCCAGUGGUCUCGUACUACAAGCAACAUUUCAAGGAGGCGCGCGUGCUUGGACGCGGAGGACAGGGCAGCGUCUUCGAGGUGGAAUGCGUACAUGACGGGGAACGUUUCGCCGUGAAGAAAGUCGAAAUCUCCCAUAAACCCAACCAACUCUCCCAGGCCAUGCGCGAAAUCCAAGCCAUGACCCGGCUGCCCACCCACCAGAACAUCGUGCAGUACUACGCGUCUUGGUUGGAAGAUGAGGCCGCCCACCGCGAACAUGAUGCCUUUACCGUGACCCGUACUCGACCCUUGGAAAGCAACUCAACCACCCACGAGGACGCUUCAUCAUCUUGUGCUUCGUAUCGUGACGAGUUUUCUUUGGGGGAAGACGACAGCGUCGUCGAGUUUGCCAGCAACUCGGUUGCUUUGGAGGACCUUGACCAGUCCAAGCAAGUGUCCACUGCGUCGUCGGGGGAUGACGCCACGACCCAACUUCGCAAAACGCUGUUCAUUCAAAUGGAGCUAUGUCAACAUGUAUGGGACCACCUGCCCAUCAACAACCUCACGUCGUGGUUGGGGGCCACCGGACCUUCCCGCCUCCACUCGGACUCUGUUCAUCGCACCGCCAUGAGCCUCUUCCAGGACGUCCUCCGCGGCGUCCAGCACAUCCACGAGCAUGGCGUCAUCCACCGCGACAUCAAGCCCGACAAUGUCUUUCUUCGCAACGGCGUCGCGAAAAUCGGCGACUUUGGGCUGUCGACGACGACGACGACGACGACCAUCACCACCUCUGUCACGUCGUCGUCGUCGUCGCCGCACACGACCGCGGUCGGCACGUUCCUCUAUGCGUCGCCCGAGCAAGUGGGCGUGUCCGGCCAGCGCACGGCGCACUACUCGGACAAGGUCCGCCAUUGUCCUUUUGAGAUUGAGUGUGUAGUACUUACUACUAGUAGUACUGUCCACUUUUGUAUUAUUGAGAUUCAGAUUCAGUUUGCAGUAUAUGUCCUCCUUUGUCAUAUUGAGAUUGAGAUUCAGUUUGAGUUUGUCGUUUUGAGCUUGAGAGUAUGUAUAUACUAGUCGGAUAUGUUUGGCUUGGGCUUGAUCCUGCUGGAGCUGUGCUGCUACUUUGCCACGGCCAUGGAGCGCGUGCAAGUGCUGACGAGCGCGCGUCACGGCGUCCUCCCGGUCACGUCGAGAUUCUCCACGGAACUCGCGCUCGUGACCGCCAUGACAGCGGCCAACCCGUUCGACCGGCCGUCCGCCGAGCAAGUGUUGUGUUUUCUAACGGCGCGGGCGUCGGCGUGGUAACUGGCAACAGGUGAAUUUAAGUAUACAAGGACAUUUAAAAAGCUACUAUUAGUAGUACUAACUGCAAAUUGCAUACUAUAAUAUUAAUAGUAUUAUAAUAGUCCUGUA